CACGACGGAGGAGGCGGCCGCUCGCGCUCGCUUUCUCUCUGCCGCGGCUCCGGAUCAGGCCCCCGCGCCUGCCGCCGCCGCCCGUCCCGCCGGGAGCCCGCCGCCCCUUCGCCUGCCCCGGGCCGCUCUGGCCCCGCACCCAGGGUACUUUCGUCUCACUUUUUCCCAGUUGUGAUCAUUAAUCAGGACUGAGCGCUUGGGUUAUCUAAUCCUGUGUGGUUUAUUUUUUUUAGAAACAGGAGUCCCAGGAGCUGGGAGGAGGGGAAUGAACCGUGAGGGCGUCCCCGGGAAGAGUCCGGAGGAGAUGUACAUCCAACAGAAAGUGAGAGUUCUGCUCAUGCUUAGGAAGAUGGGAUCAAAUUUGACUGCCAGUGAAGAGGAAUUCUUGCGGACGUAUGCAGGUGUAGUGAAUAGCCAACUUAGCCAGCUUCCUCAGCACUCUAUUGAUCAGGUUAACAAGCACAAGCCAUGGAUUGAAACGACAUAUCAUGGUAUAGUUACAGAAAAUGACAACACAGUACUCCUGGAUCCCCCCUUGAUAGCCCUGGAUAAAGAUGCGCCUCUGCGGUUUGCAGAGAGUUUUGAGGUGACAGUCACCAAAGAAGGUGAGAUUUGUGGAUUUAAAAUUCAUGGGCAAAAUGUCCCCUUUGAUGCUGUGGUAGUGGAUAAAUCCACUGGUGAGGGAAUAAUACGCUCUAAAGAGAAACUUGAUUGUGAACUACAGAAGGACUACACAUUCACCAUCCAGGCCUAUGAUUGUGGAAAAGGACCAGAUGGCGCUAAUGCAAAAAAAUCCCACAAAGCAACAGUACAUAUUCAGGUGAAUGAUGUUAACGAGUAUGCUCCAGUGUUUAAAGAGAAGUCCUAUAAAGCAACAGUUAUUGAGGGGAAGAGGUAUGACAACAUCCUGAAAGUAGAAGCUGUGGAUGCAGAUUGUUCUCCCCAGUUCAGCCAGAUAUGCACCUAUGAAAUUGUAACUCCAGAUGUUCCCUUUGCUGUUGACAAAGAUGGUUAUAUAAAAAAUACAGAAAAGUUAAACUAUGGCAAGGAGCACCAAUAUAAGCUUACAGUGACUGCAUAUGACUGUGGGAAGAAAAGAGCUGCUGAGGAUGUAUUGGUGAAGAUUAGCAUUAAGCCUACAUGCAAGCCUGGCUGGCAAGGCUGGAGCAAAAGAAUGGAAUAUGAGCCUGGGACUGGUUCUCUGGCUCUAUUCCCUAAUAUACAUUUGGAGACCUGUGAUGAACCCAUAACUUCUAUACAAGCAACAGUUGAACUAGAGACUAAUCAUAUUGGGAAAGGUUGUGACAGAGAUACUUACUCUGAGAAAUCCCUUCACAGACUCUGUGGUGUUUCCUCUGGCACAGCUGAGCUGCUUCCCCCUCCAAGUAGCACUGCUAACUGGACAAUAGGACUUCCUACUGAUAAUGGCCAUGACAGUGACCAAGUCUUUGAAUUUAAUGGCACUCAAGCUGUGAAGAUUCCAGAUGGCAUUGUCACAGUCAAUCUAAAAGAGCCCUUUAUGAUUUCGGUGUGGAUGAGGCAUGGGCCUAGUACCAAGGAGAAGGAGACAGUACUCUGCAAUUCAGACAAAACAGAUAUGAACCGGCACCACUACUCUCUUUAUGUACACAAUUGCCGACUUGUUUUCCUCUUCCGCCAAGAUCCUUCAGAGGGAAAAACUUACAAACCUGCAGAAUUCCACUGGAAACUGAACCAGGUGUGUGACAAGGAAUGGCAUCAUUAUGUCCUCAAUGUUGAAUUUCCAACAGUGACGCUCUAUGUAGAUGGAGUUUCAUAUGAUCCUUUCCCAGUGACUGAGGAUUACCCACUACAUCCUUCCAAGAUAGAAACUCAGCUGGUAGUUGGAGCAUGUUGGCAAGAAUAUACAGGAAAUGAAAAUGACAAUGAAACUGUGCCUGAAACAUCUGCAGGUGGCGAACUCCACAUGGCUCAGUUUUUCCGAGGCAAUCUGGCCGGAUUAAUGAUCCGGUCUGGUAAACUGGAGAACAAGAAGGUGAUAGACUGCCUCUAUACCUGCAAGGAAGGAUUAGAUUUGCAAAUUGCAGACGGCAUUGGCAAAGGCAUGAAGAUUAAUGUGAAUCCCAGCCAGUCAACAUUGACCUUGGAAGGGGAUGAUAUUGACAGGUUUGACAAAGCCAUGCAACAUAUUUCCUACCUGAAUUCCCGCCAGUUCCCAACACCUGGAAUCCGGAGGCUCAAAAUCACCAGCAAUGUCAAGUGUUUCAAUGAAGAAGCCUGCAUUGCCAUUCCCUUUGUGGAUGGGUAUAUAAUGGUCUUGCAGCCUGAGGAACCCAAGAUCAGCUUGAGUGGCAUCAACCAUUUUGCCCGUUCUGCCUCAGAGUUUGAGAGUCCAGAGGGAGUUUCUCUCUUCCCUGAGCUUCGCAUAAUCAGCACCAUCACUCGGGAGGUGGAACCAGAGGGAGAGGGAGAUGAGGAUCCUACAGUCCAAGAAUCUUUGGUAUCAGAGGAAAUCAUGCACAACUUGGAUACAUGUGAGGUCACAGUGCUAGGAGAGGAGCUAAAUCAGGAGCAGGAAAGCCUCGAGGUUGACAUGACACAGUUACAGCAGAAGGGCAUUGAGAUGAGCAGCUCCAACCUUGGCAUGAUCAUCACAGGUGUUGAUACUAUGGCCAGCUAUGAGGAGGUUUUGCACUGGAUACGCUACAGAAACUGGCACACUGUCUCCCUGUUUGACCGAAAGUUCAAGUUGGUCUGUUCUGAGCUUAAUGGUCGCUAUGUCAGCAAUGAAUUUAAGGUGGAGGUGAAUGUUAUCCAUACAGCUAACCCAGUUGACCAUGCAAAUCAUAUAGCUAUGCAACCACAGUUUGUUCAUCCAGUGCAUCACACGUUUGUUGACCUCUCUGGUCACAACCUAGCUAACCCCCACCCCUUUUCAGUUGUUCCAAGUACUGCUACUGUUGUCAUUGUCGUGUGUGUCAGUUUCCUGGUUUUCAUGAUUAUUCUGGGUGUGUUCCGAAUCCGAGCUGCGCAUCAGAGAACAAUGCGUGACCAGGAUACUGGAAAGGAAAAUGAGAUGGAUUGGGAUGACUCUGCCUUGACGAUUACUGUGAAUCCUAUGGAGACAUAUGAGGACCAGCACAGCAGUGAGGAGGAGGAGGAGGAAGAAGAAAGUGAAGAUGGAGAGGAAGAUGAUGAUAUCACUAGCGCAGAGUCUGAAAGCAGUGAGGAGGAGGAAGGGGAGCGGGAAGAGGACCAACAGAAUGUUAACAGACAGCAACAGCUGGAAUGGGAUGACUCUACACUCAGCUAUUGAUUCCAGCUGUUCCCUUUGUUUUUGCUCUAGAAGACUUCACCGUAACCCUCUCCAUCAAGGAUCCAUGGUGUAAAAAAGUCAUUUUGGCCAGUAGAGCCAACCAACACAUCCCAAUAUGUGUGUUAUAUUGGCUAGUUCCUAAUACUGUCUCUAGAACUGUAGGUAGCACCUCUCCUCCCUCACCUGUCCCUCAGUGACUGGAUUUUUUACACUAUGUGAGGAACCACCUUGCACUUUUUUCUUCAUGUCAUCUCAGCUAAGUGACUCUACAGAUGUGUAGCCAUUGCACAUGAGUUUCUGGACACUUCCUCCCCCCCCCCCGGUGAAACAACUUUGGCUUGAUUCAUCUUAUUCUUUCUGAAAGAUGCAAAGGUCACUUGUUGACAAAGGGUAAAGUUGUUUAUUUCAGCUUGGUGAAUUUUUUCCCCCAAACUAGUGCAUGUGUAAAGUGGCAGAAUGAGGUUAAUAUGUAGAAUGACUCUCUUUGAAUAUUUUGUAAAUAUAUUGAAUUAUGUCAUUUGUGGUAGUGAAAACAGGGACUGGGGUUUAAAACACGCUAAGGUAAAAAUCAUGAAGCAUGAAAUAAUACAAGUUGCGUAACUAUUGCAGCAGGAGCACAGGCACAGUUAUCUAGUGUAGAUGUAUUAAUAAUGCAGUGUCAUUGGCCUCGACUGCUGUGUUCACUCCAGCCCUGCUGUUACUUUCUUCCCCUCCUCCCCACUUUGUUUUAUGGAGAGAACAGACAAGCUUGCAACUGUAAAGGUUUUUCAGAAUUUCAACUGUACAGCCUACUACAGUUUAAGUUUUGAUCCUUCGCUUAUUUCAGUGUAAGGAUUACUAAAUUGAGAGGAAGAAAUACUGCCUGGAUGUAGAGCAAGUAAGUUUGCUAUUGAUAUUCUGUUAAUUAGAGUGGGGCUGGUUGUAGUCCAAGGCUGAUGCUUGCUGGUCGCAUUGCUGGCAGGGCAAGUUAUUCAGUUGUUUGUAAUAAUGGUAACUGAAGCGUCUGAGACCUGUGUACACAUGCACCUUGGCUACCAGUCUAGAUAGGGAUUUUAUUUUUUGGGUUGUGAACUUUUCUGAUUUAGGGCAUGGGUGGGCAUAGUUGGCAUCAUUCCUAUUCAACACACUCUUGCUUAGUCCCUGUAGCUCCUUGUACAGUAAUCUGGACUGUUGGUGUAUUUAAACCUUUUGUUUACACUUAGUAAAUCUGUUUUCCUGCUGAUGAAAUUAUGGCAUAUAUUAUCCAACCAGCAAACCUUGUAAACUGAGUUAAGAUUAUUGUUCCAAGACAUGGCAGGCUGAUUUUCUGAUCAAAGACCUCUAACUUGGAAGUGCAAACGACUACUUACUUAAAGGAAUGGCUGAACGGUACGAAAAGUAAGUUAUGACCCCAUGGUGGUGAGUGCUAGAUUUUUCGUAAGGCAGGUCUUGUUCUCUAUUUAAUACUUUUGGUCUUAUUCAGAGCCUUGUCUUAUGUAUAUCUGCUUAGUCAAUUUAACAUUUGGAGGUGGGUUAAAAGGUAACUUGAUUUGCUUGCAAUGUGAAAUUAGAACUCCAUUCACUCAUUAUAGUAGCAGAGUUCCAGAUUUUGAUAUUGCAUGUAAUCUGUUUGUGUACAUGGAUUAAAACAGGUUAGUGGCUCAGCUUCCACCCCAGUAGUGGCAAAUGUUGAAUAGUUUCCAGUUGUUCCUUGAGCAGGUAUAAAGGUGGGGGUUGGGGGGAAGGGUAGAGAGCAAUGGGUGUGAACAACUGAAGGGAAAGUAGACCCAGUUACUUUCUAUAUCUUUUCAGAGCAGACCUAUUCUUACCUACUACACAUCUUGCCUCCCAGGGUGUGAAACAGGACCUAUGUGUGGGUUUAUCUGGGGUAAAGACUUGACUCUGGAGUGCCUUUUACAAUAAUGGACCUGAAAGCAGGGGAGAGAACCCACACAAUCUACUUACUGUUUUUUAAUGUAAAAUUUUAGAUUUCUAAAAUGGGGAAAUGGGUUUGACUACUUUUAUGUGGUAACAUAACUAUUAGUUUUAAGUAAACUGGGGAACUUUUAACUUAUGUCUGACAGUUGUCCUGUGUUAAUGUCAAUCUGUAGAAGACUUAUUCUUCCAUAUACUGUAGCUGCUGUAUUUUAGACUAAAACUGAUCAUGAUUGAAUGCUAGUGCUGAAAGGCUGUAAACUUUCUGAUGCAGUUUGUAGCCAGUGUGGAUGUAACUUUUCAGAUCUGUAUAUUGGUAAUAAGUCAGUCCAAAAAGUCUAAGCUACAAUAAAUUUCUGGUUCUAAAA